CUUUUAUCUUCCUUUCCUUUCUCACGUUAGACGGUGAAGGUGCAACAGUUUUCGGUCGUCCCGAAUCCGGGUUCAUCCGACACCCUCACUGAAUCGAGCUGAACUGAUUGAACCGACAGCACCAUGCCUCCUAAAUGCGACCCAAAUGAAAUCAAAAUCGUGUACAUGAGGUGCACAGGAGGAGAAGUGGGUGCCACCUCUGCCCUGGCCCCCAAAAUUGGACCCCUGGGUCUGUCUCCCAAGAAAGUGGGUGACGACAUCGCCAAGGCAACUGGUGACUGGAAGGGCCUGAGGAUCACUGUUAAGCUGACCAUCCAAAACAGACAGGCAGCGAUUGAGGUGGUGCCCUCUGCCUCCGCCCUCAUCAUCAAAGCCCUGAAGGAGCCCCCCCGUGACAGGAAGAAGGUCAAGAACAUCAAACACAGCGGCAGCGUGACCUUCGACGAGAUCGUGGGCAUCGCGCGCAUGAUGAGGGCCCGCUCCAUCGCCAGGGAGCUGUCGGGAACCAUUAAGGAAAUCCUGGGCACUGCCCAAUCAGUGGGCUGCACCAUUGAUGGCCGUCCUCCCCAUGACGUCAUCGAUGACAUCAACAGCGGUAGAGUGGAGUGCCCAUCUGAGUAAGUUGAUGGACCAAAAGCGGAAAAAAUAAAAAUGAACAAAAAAUCA